ACUCUCUAAUACGGAACGGAGAAGCUGAAAGCGGGGAUAAAAAAUCAACGGUGUGUAUGGACACUCUUGCCACAUACAGUAAGAGGCCAUACAUGCGUCUCCCACCUACAGCAUACCUUGAUGAGAAGUUCAUCACCAUGCCAAAACGUAGGAAGAUAUUUGAUUCCCAGUGGACUCAGAGGUGUCCUCAUCCUGAGCAGGCCUCGGUUAUUACAGCUCUGCAGAGGCAACGAUGUGCCAGCUGUUUCGCUACUUUCCCCAGUGCCGAGGAGCUGCAGAGUCAUCUCCAGCUGCAGAAGUGCUCCAACCCUUUUGGAUUCGACUCCGAUGAUGAGGGCAACAGCUGAAUGUGUCUGCUUACGUCAAAGCGGACCGAGAUAUUGGCUGCAUAAUAAGAUGACACGUGGGUCUGCAUGGAGUCUCUGAAUGGACUGUUCCUCAAAUAAUUUCUCUCUUAAUGACCUGUUCGUUAUUUUGGGCAAAGACUCAUGCGUCAGAAGAAGAGACAAUAAAUGAAAGGGUUACCUGGCAUUUGCUGUAGCAUGUGUCUGUAAUGCAAGGUCUGGGAGCAACCAGAAGACUUCAAAUAGCCUAUCAGUAAAAAGACUACUGAACUGAA